UCGCUGGCGCCUGGCGGUGGAUGAGACCUUUUCCGCCGCACCAAACCCCACAGUCAGCACAGCUCGUCGUGGCGGUCGUAUCUAUCCGCCCGCCCGAAUAUGCCUCCCUCUCCCUCAACCGCCGUUGGCGCCCCCACCCCCAAUUACUAUCUCGUCUCAUCUCCCUCCAUUCUUGUCUUUCCCUUUCCCUUUGCUCCUUCCCCGGCCGACCCAACCCAACAAGAAACCCCGACCCCGGCUGCCUCGACCCGGGAUCCAUGGAGCUGCUCUUCGAGCUGCUCCUCACGGCCGCCGCCACCCUCCUCGUCGCCCUCCUGCUCGCCAACCUCUUCGCCGCCGCCACCGCUGACCAUCGCGCCGCGGUGGGGCCCGCCGCCGCUGUGAUCGCGAAAGAGGAGCCAGAGGAGGAGAGGAUCAUCGAGGUCGACGAGGUCAUGGUUCCCAUGCAGGCGUCGCCGGCGCUGUCCGAAGGCUGGGUCGAGGUGGAGAAGGCCCCGGCCCAGGCGGCUGUGGCGGCAGAGGGGAAGGAGACGGCGUGGGUGGCCGUCGAAGAGGGCGUUCCGGCCGCGCUCGCCCCGGAGCUGUUCCUCGGCGCCGUGCUGGAGGACCGCAAGGAGGAGGGCGAGGUUGGCAAGAUUAUGCCCCGCGAUUUCACCCUCGCGCCUGCUGCUGCUGCUGCCACGGAGGCGGCUGCCAAGGGUUUGGGCGCUGCUCCCAGGGAGAUUCUUGGCUUGGAGCUGGAGCAAGACAGGACCCGGCAGGAUGAUUCGGGUGCUGGAGUUGCCACGAUUCAAGUCCCUGAGGACGCGGAAUUGCAGAAGCAGGAGGUUCAACCUACUGAAGCUGUUGUAGUGGAGCAGCGCCACCUUGUUCCUGAGGCUGCUCCUGCACAAGUUACUGAUGCAGGAAUGGAGAAGGAGGAGGGAGCGCAAGCUGCUGAAGUGAUUCCGCAGGAAUUGAUUUCUGAGACCGUACCUGCAGAGGUUCUUGAUGAUGAACUCGAGAAGCAGCAGCAGGAGGAGCCAGUAACUGAAGUGGACCAGCACGAAUUGGCUGCAGAGGUGGCUCCAAGAGAGAUCCCCGAUGAAGUGGCAAGGGAAUCGGCUUCAGAGGUGGCUGCAAUGGAGAUCCCCAAUGAAGUGGCAAGCGAAUUGACUGCAGAGGUGGCUCCAAGAGCGAUUCCAGUUGUGGUGGCAAUGGAAUCGGCUUCACAGGUGGCUCCGAUUACCCAUGUGCUGGACACGGAGGAGGAGCUGAAAGAACAAUCUCUAGAAGAAAUUGUCCAUCAACACGAAGAAGUUCAGAACAAAGAGGAAGCUCAAUGUGAGGCCAGCCCGGUUGAUCAACCAGAGAAACCGGUUCCUAAGGAGAACUUGGCAGUGACAAAGGCUGAUGACCUGAAUGUCAGCCAAGAAGGCAGCUCCAAUGAAAAAGCACCCAUUCAGUUACCAGAGAAGGAAGCAACAUUGCCAGGGACGCCGGAAGAUGAGGUGGAGUUUGAGGAGUGGGAGGGGAUUGAGAGAAGCGAAGUGGAGAAGAGAUUUGGCGCAGCAGCGGCAUUUGCAGCUAGCGACGCUGGGGCGGCCGCUCUCUCAAGGCUGGAUAGCGAUGUGCAGCUGCAGCUGCAGGGGCUUCUCAAGGUUGCCGUUGAUGGUCCCUGCUAUGACUCCGCGCAGCCGCUUACACUGAGGCCUUCAUCUCGUGCAAAAUGGGUCUCUUGGCAAAAGCUAGGAAACAUGCAUCCUGAGAUUGCUAUGGGAAAAUACAUGGAUCUUUUGUCGGAAGUUAUUCCUAGAUGGAUGGGAGACAAAACCUCUAGCACAAAGAGACAUGAAGGUGAUGUUGAUUCUGAAGGGGCCGCCGUAACAAUGACUGGUCACACAAGCGACCCGCAGGCCUUUCGAGGGAAUGAAGGUAGUACUAGCAUAGACGAAGGUCCACUAACAAGUCCUCCUAACCCAGAAAAAGGCAAGAGUUGUGACAUCCCUGCUGAAUGAAGGUAACACUCGUCAAGUAUUUAUCGCAUCGGUGAUAUCAGCCCAUUGCUGAGAUCUCCAUGGAUGCACUCCUCAUAAGAUUAGAUUUGUACAGUGGCUGUGGUUGUGCUAAUAUUAGUGCUGUAAUGGGUGUUGGCACGUGUACGUAUAUGACUGUAUAUAUCCUCCCAUAACGACCGCUCCUCCUGCCUGUAUAUUUGGCUAGUACUGUAGUAACUGGGGUUUAGUCUGUGUGACGUUACCUUUGGUAAGUGGUAAUUGUACGUCGUAUCCCUGUUUGGCACGGCAAAUUAAGUGGCUGGAAAAAAAGGAUCUUCUAGGUCUCCAACUGAAA